CUGGGACGGUCAGGGCGCACAGAGAGCGCAUGGGGUGGCGGGCGCACGGCCGGCCGGUCCAGCUGCACUCUCCGCACUGCUGCUGCCACCAGGGGGAACGGGAUUAUUUCAAAAACAACCACACAAGAGGAGGAGUGUUGUUGAAUAAGGGAGGCUGACAGAGAGGCCAAGGAAGAUGACUGCCGAGUUUUGUGAGCUGGUAUAAAGACUCUUGAAGGAGGCGAGAUGGCAGUGCAUGUUUUCAAAUGCCUGCGCCGGCCUGGGCGCUAGAGCGACCAACAGGUAGAAUUUGUGGUUUGAGAGAGCGAGUGAGUGAGUGAGGGGGUGAGUGUGUGCAGGCCCACCCACCGGUGUUUUGACAGGAGAGUUAUGGAAUAUGAAGAGCCCGACGUGCCCUCCGCUGACACCCCCAUCAAGAGAGGAGGCGCAGUGUCCAAGAAGAGUCAUUUGACCCAGAUUGAAGUUAUCCCAUGCAAGAUCUGUGGUGAUAAGUCCUCUGGAGUUCAUUAUGGAGUCAUCACAUGUGAGGGCUGCAAGGGAUUUUUCCGCCGCAGCCAGCUGCCUACUGUAUCUUACUCAUGCUCCAGGCAAAGUAACUGCCAGAUUGACCGAGCCAGCCGCAACCGCUGUCAGCACUGCCGUCUGCAGAAGUGCUUGGCGCAGGGCAUGAGCCGAGAUGCGGUGAAGUUCGGACGAAUGUCCAAACGCCAGCGCGACUCUCUGAUCGCUGAAGUGGAGAGGCACCGACAGCAGCAGCAACAGCAGCUUCAGGGAGACACCCAGACUGUGUUGUCCUACCCCAACAAGAACCGUCAAGACCGCUCCCCUCAACUUCUUCAGCCCAUGGCCUCGGCCUACACAUAUGGCGGAGACGGCGAGCUAUUGUCCUACCCCACUGACGUUCACCCUUAUCUGAUGUGCUCCCCGAACGACUCACAGGUGCCUGCUAUGAUCUACCGCACCUCUGGGAUCUCUCCCACCUCAAGAUCCCAAGGGAGGGGAGACAACUCUGGUCAUGCUGAUAUAAGAGGAUUUGAGUCCAGGCAACCGUCUCAUGAUAUGAUGGCGAUUCAUCCCUACAAUGCUCUUGAGGAUCCUUACAACCUGUAUCCUCACUCUCUGCGAAGCAUAGAAGAACUUUGUGCCAGCAUUGUGCGCUCCCACAGAGAGACCAGCCAGUACAGACCGGAGGAGCUGCAGGCUCUCAAAUGGAAACUCUUCAGCAGAGAGGAGAUCCAAGCCUAUCAGAGCAAAUCAGUGGAUGAGAUGUGGCAGCACUGUGCUGUCCGACUGACUGAUGCCGUGCAGUAUGUGGUGGAGUUUGCAAAACACAUCCCAGGUUUCCGGAUGCUCAGCCAGAACGACCAGAUUGCCCUUUUAAAGACUGGCUCCAUGGAGGUGGUUCUGGUCAGAAUGAGCCGGUUCUUUAACACAGAGAACAACACUGUGUUCUUUGAUGGAAAAUUUGCUGGAGCUGAGAUCUUCAAGUCUUUGGCUUGUGGUGAUUUAAUCGAGGCGGUAUUUCACUUCGCACAUGGCAUGUGUGCGUUAAAGCUGACUGAGCAGCAGAUUGCUCUCUUCAGUGCCCUGGUGCUGAUCAAUGCAGAUCGUCCAUGUCUGGAGGACAGAGGCAAAGUUCAACGAGUUCAAAGAAAUGUGGAGUUGGGCCUCACACACAUUCUCCACCGAGACAACCAAGAAAGUUUGAUGCCCAAGCUGUACCAGAGGAUGGCAGUGUUGCGCUCGCUGUGCAGUCUGCACAUGGAGAAGCUUCGCUGGUUUAGUCAGCGGUACCCGCUCACUGCUCACUCUCUGUUUCCUCCGCUCUACAAGGAGCUGUUCGCAUCAGAGGCAGAGCUGCUGCCAGGGACCACUCACUGAUGAUCUACUGGAAUAUCCAAAAACAGGCGCACACCAACUCACAUUAUUUUAAAUCUCAUGACUUUCUGGCAGAUUCUAUUUUUCUAAUAAUAAAAAAGUACACACGGUAAUUGUAGUGUGUUUUAAGUAUUACAUGACUUCCAGCAGAGCUUUUCUUUGUUAGAUGUCAAGAAGAAAUCUUGAUUUUUUUUUUUGAUUGUUUUUGAUAGCUUAAACAUAUUUUUGAUGAUUCCAGAGCAACAUAUAUUCUGAUGGUUUUUGAGAGCACGUUGUCAGUGGAGUAAAGGCUUCAUUUUUUCUCAGGUUGUGCUAUUGUGAUUUUCUCCAGUUGUAGCUUCUCUGUGUCAUGUCUUUCAGACAUACAAAUUCAAAAAGGCAGGUCAGUGCUCAUAAUUAGUGGAAACUUCAAAGUGAUAGUCCACAGAAAAUAUCAAACUCCAGAGGAAUUCAACUGUGACUUUAUAAAGUUUGUAGUUUUACCUUUUAGUGAAUUCCAGUGGAUUCUAACUAAAAAACAAAAAAAUCACAUUCUAACAAGUUAAUCCCCAAGCCAACAAACUAAUAUGCUUACAGCAAACUUUACAAGCAAAAUAACAUCACGCACUAAAAGUCAUCAUAUGCAACUACCGAGGUUGGACUAGUUUGAAAGGAAAACUUAGAUAAUCCACUUCACCACUGUGUCUUUAGCUUUGUUCCACAUUCAUAGCAGGGCUUAGAUUGUGCAAUGCUCCUCCAGGGUCAUGCACUGCCCUGCCGAGCCUGUGCGUGCUGGCUUGCAUGAAUUACAUCCCCUUCCUGUUUUUUCUCAGUUAUUUUGGCCUCAGGAGCAUUGACUGAAGCAUUGGUUUAAUGCACCUGGAAGCUAAGAAGGUCAGUCAUCCUGCCUCUUCACACUGGCAGCUUUAGUAAACCUGCUGUCCACUAAGGGUGGAAAAAUAUCAUUUAGAUGCUGAAUAAAUCAAACAACCUGCCUCUUUGUGUCUGUAUGUCUCUAAAGAGGUGUUUCUCCUCAAGCUGUCAUAGAUUGACCAAUAAAUACUACAAAGGCAGCAGUACCACUGAAAUAUUUCCCUUUAAAUGAAUCCUCACAUGCUUUUUAUAUUGUAUGAGCUGUUGCAUUAAAUGUAGAAAUAUUAAAAGGUGGAGGAAUGUACAGUAGAAAUCUGUUCUCAUUUGUGCUAACCUUUCCUCUUUUUUCCGCAUUCAUUUUUUUCUCUACAUAUCUUUGAAUAAAGCGGUGAGUAAAUGUGAAGUGUUGAAAUGUUUCUGCAUUAAUACUGUAUGUCUGGAUAUAGUCCUCUCUGCCUCUGGAACAGGUGACAUUUCAAAGAAGAUAAUUUGCUGUAAAUCUUCUAAUAAACUGCUGAAGCUGCGACACUGA